UUGAUAUCAAGUCAGAUGGGCUCUUCCAUCCGAUAGACACUGAGGCUACCCCGUCCACCCCACCCUCCCUCCCUCCACGCCACCCCCUACCGGCCCUUAGCCCCGGAUUCCCCUCCGGAUUGCUCGAUUGCCUAGGUGCCGCCUUGACACUGUCCCCCGCUGGAUUCGAGUGCAAGACGUGCAAGACGUGCAAGACGCACGACCCGAGCAGGAUGGACUACUACGAGGUGCUGGAAGUGACCCGCACGGCCACCGGAUCAGACAUCAAGAAAGCAUACCGCCGACUGGCUUUAAAAUGGCACCCGGAUAAGAACCCGGAUAAUCAAGAAGACGCCACCCAAAAGUUCAAGGAGAUCUCGGAAGCCUACGAGGUCCUCUCCGACGCCUUGAAACGAUGUGUCUAUGAUCGCCAAUUGAAGGAAAAAGAGACUCCCGAGCCGGAGAACGGAUUUCGGUUCCACAGUCAUCCCCAUCGCGAGUCGUCGCCCUUUUGUAGGUCUAAGGAUAAAAAGCGCAAUAUCUAUGACAAAUAUGGACGCGAGGGUUUGCAACCCGGAAGCGCCCCAGCCAACGGACCCAGCCGCCAUUUCCGAGGCAGACAUCGGAACAAUGUGUUCGAAGAAGGCGGCUUCGAGACGUUCGGUUUUCCUCAUUUCUGUUUCCGCGAUCCCGAGGACGUGUUCCGGGAGGCCUUUGGCGGGAUCGAUCCCUUCGAAGACAUGUUGGAUCCCUUCGGUCUUUUGGGUGGUCAUCGUGCUCGCGCCCACCAUCACGGCUCUCAUCGCGCCCACCACCACCAUAACCACAACAAUCGCCACCACGCUGCCUUGCAUGGCGUAGCCACCUCAUCGCCCGCUCAUCAUCAUCACCAUCACCUCCACCAACGCCAACAGAUCAAUCCGCUCUCCACACUUAUGAUGUCGCCGUUUAGCGGAAUGUCCGCGGUGGGUGGCGGUUUCGGUCAUUCGCCCUUUGACUCGCUCUUCGGAAUGGGCGGUCUGGGUGGAACUAGCUUUAUGAUGAGCUCAAUGGGUGGAGGUGGGUCCAUUUUCGAUGUCAUGGGAACAGGUCUAGGCGGUGGAGGGGGAGGGGCCGGAAUGGCUGGCACUUCCAUGUCCACGCGCUUCGUCAAUGGCAAAAAGAUUACUACCAAAAAGACAUUUGGCAACGGUGGUGAGACCAUCAAAGUGUACGAGAACGACGUUUUGGUCAGCCACACCGUCAACGGUGAGCCCGUGGGCGGCUCAGAUGCCAACACGAAUGGGCAUCAUCACCAUGGCCAUGGAGUCCACACCUCUCGAAGUUCUGGACGUAGGCGACAUUUUUGAAAAAAUUAAUAAACUGCUAAUUUCUGACCAAGA